AUGCAUCUCAGCAGGGUUUUCCGAUUACCACGGAAACCGUUUUCUGAGUUAGAUUAUGCUCGUCAUAUGCCAAAAGAAUAUGUUGACAGACUUAAAAGAGUCGUACCGAGGAAGGUCUACAGCGGAAGAUUCGGAGCUCCUGAUAUUGUUCGUUGGGUGAUACAUCCAGAUGACUAUGAACCGAGCACACAAAGACCAUGGGUCAACGAACAACUUUCAAAGUCGUUGGAAAGAGCCGAAAAAUAUCAUCAAAAAAUGCUCGCAGGCAAAUUUUUCGAAAUGCGUCGAUCAAAAAUUCGUCGCAUGCCAGACGAGAAGUGGACGUUUUUACCUGGAGAUCUUGUACAGGUAAUGGUCGGAAAGGAUAAAGGACGUCAGGGUACAAUAAUGACAGUAUCUCGAGACACAAAUGAAGUUUUCGUCGAAGGUCUACAUUGUAAACUCGAAGUUGAGAUGGAGGGCGUAAAGAAAUAUGGGAUUGAUGAAGUGUUGAAAUGGAAUGAGCAACCGCUGAGCGUCGAGAAGGGACAUGUGAAGCUAGUGGAUCCUAAUGACAAUGAACCCUGUGAAGCGAAAUGGGUGUUAAAUGAUGCUGGUGAUGAGUAUAUCCGUAUCUCAUUACGAUCAGGUUUUGAAAUCCCAGUUCCUAGCCAAGCGAGAGUCACAUAUGAGUAUCUAUUGCCAGAGAAGUACAUCGAUGUCGAAGAGAAGGAUACGCCGGCAGCCGUGGUACUGGAACGAACAUAUAUACCCAAGUUGGCUUCAUUCGAAGAUGAGAUUUGUGAAGAAAUCGGCAUCAAACCGCCACCGCCGAGGAAACCCACAUACUGGUACUAA